GGCGAACGUGACGGUGACGGACCUUGAGGAGCUGCAGGAGCUGCUGACGAUUAAUAUAGAAAAAAACAAGCACCUGGUGACAGGGUCAGUCCGAGCCAAGGUACUGAAAUGGGGUGAAGAUGUCACAGAAUUUCAGCCUCCCCCCGAUUAUAUCCUAAUGGCUGAUUGCAUUUACUAUGAGGAGUCAUUGGAGCCCUUACUGAAGACACUGAAGGACCUCACUGGCCCUGACACGUGCGUCUUGUGCUGUUAUGAACAGAGGACUAUGGGCAAGAACCCUGCAAUUGAGAGAAAAUACUUUGAGCUGCUUCAGAUGGACUUUGAGCUGGAGAGAAUUCCCUUGGAUCAGCACGACGAGGAGUACCGCAGCGAGGACAUCCACAUCCUCAACAUCCACAGGAAACAGGCG